AUGACCGCUCCUUUCGUAACGUUCAAUCUUCAACAAGCGGAGGCAGUUUUCCAAGGUGGCAGCCGGAUUAGAGGAGCAUUAUGUCUUGUGCUCACAUCUCCCAUAUUAGUAGCUGGGGUCGAAGUUCGUUUCCAUGGUACCGCACGCGCAAGUUGGCGAGAAGUGGUAUACAGCGGGACGAAGUCGACAGAAGUGGAACAUGAGAAGGAGGAGAUCUAUUUUGACGAUCGAUUCUGUUUGUGGGGAAAAGUGUCUCAACAGAUUGGUUGGGAGACGAGAGAAGUUUUACCGGCCGGAAAACACUCGUUCCCUUUUCAAUACCGCCUGCCCAGCAACGUGCCAUGUUCAUUUGAGGGUAUAGACGGGUGGGUGCGAUACCGCAUGCAGGGGCUGGUCAUCCGACCAGAUGGAGAGCACUUAUGUACAGAAAACUUGUUCACAGUUCUGCGGGAGCUCGAUCUUCGCAAGGAAUCGCUCAGAGAGAUGCUUGAAGACCAUGCCGAGAGAACUGUGAGAGGAGCAUGUUGCCGGCCUGGAAGGAUUUCCUGUUCGGUGUCUCUGCCUAAGCGUUUUUAUGUCCCAGGAGAAGCUUUGUGUGUCACUGCUAAUGUGGACAAUGUGUCCGUGAAGCGAUGCGGACAGUGUUCCUUACAAAUCAAACAGUUGGUGACGUACGGAGGAGUUCAUCGAUACACCGUUACUAUGGCAACAUCCAAGUUAGCGGACACAAUCCGACCAGGACUGUGCCGGAAGUGGAAAGACGACAGUUUAGUCGUUCCGCCAUCUUGUCCAAGCGUUGUGGACACGAAUCAGCUUAUCACAAUAGCAUAUUGUGUCUCGUUAGAAGUGUCGUUUCCAGACUCGGAUCUUUACGCCGCAGUGCCUAUUCUUGUCACGUCAGUUCCCGAUUAUAGCCUAGGAUUCGCCUCCUGGACUUACGAACUGUCGGGUCCAUGUUUACCAGAGUGCAGGCAAUCAUGUUCAGAACCUUCAAAGAAGCACGUUACCGCCAAUGGAACUGGAAAUGGACAAGGGAAAUUUUGUCCGAAGUAUAAAGCAUACCGCUUGGAACGUGAAAAGAGCAUGGUAGUGAAUUUAGUACAAAGUCCCGGUGUUGUCCGCAGAGAAAGUUUUACCGCCAGAGGGCGAGAGAACCCCGUAGAUAAUUCUGACGAAUGCGCUAUUUUAAUUGGACGAAGUGAUCACGCCGAAUCUCGCGCGUGACGGAGUAUCAGAUAUACUUUCGGCAAACCUGCUGCACAUUCGCAGAGGAUUCCUCAUUCUCAGAGAUACAUUGAAACGUUUCAAGUGGUGGGUGCUAACGGAAACCAGCAAAUGUAAGGAGCGUUAACCCGUCAGAGAAAAAGAAAAAACAACGAACAUGCAAAAACGGAUCAUGCAAAGAUACUUUCAUCAACACAGAUUUUGGUUGUGUCACAAGUGUUAACCUGAAUUCUUUCAUGUGACAACGCUGUAAAGGAGAUCACCUUAACUUGAGAUCAUUAAGCGAACAUGCUUGUUUCUUUGCACAAACACACAUGUUCAGUUGACUGAACUAUCCUCCAUGUUAUUUACUCUGACAUGUGGCUCACAUCUAUUGUAACACAAGGUAAACUUGAUCAAUCAACGUCAUGAGGAUCUUCUACGGAGAUAAUUGUACUUACAUACUUGCGCUUUUGUUGCCAGCGAGUGUUUUAUUUUGCGUAUUGGCCAUUUUCUCCGACAGCCGACGUGAUAAGUGGUGUGUAAGACACUCAUGUACGAGUGCACACGGGAGUUAUACACCACUUGUCACUCGUUGUUCGCACCUUUGAGACUUAAAUUUCGGGUACUGCCAAAGGUAGAAGUAGUAGAGACAGAGAGAGCCUAAGUUAUUAGCGUCUAUCACAGAACAAGAAAGACUAUUCCUUCUCCUUUCAUACAGAACAGGUAUAGCGUUUCCCGCUUCAUAGGCUCUGGAAAUUUGCAUAUACCUCUACAGCAUACAGGACAUAGAAUCAACGUAUUUAAGUGUUUGUAGAUUUAUAUUCUAUCAUAUCUUUAUGAAAAGCUCACAAAAAUCGUUACAAAAAAUAAACGUACCCAAUAUACAUGACUUAAUUAUGUGCUAAGAAUGAAUGAGUGCUAAAAUAUAGCAUGGGCAAACGUGCAAAUUUCUUUCUGUUUCUGGCAUGUAUAAAUUACCGCGUAGAACAGUCUUGCAUGCAU